GUGUGUGUGUGUGUGUGUGUGUGUGUGUGUGUGUGUGUGUGUGUGUGUGUGUGUGUGUGUGUCUGCGCGGGUUGCGCGCGCAUCAGAGUCGUGAUGACUGUUACAGUUCCCUCAGAAGUGGCUCAGGGUUUGCUUCCGGUGUAGUAAGAGGGACUCCAAGCAAGAGGUUUUGGGGACCCAGGCGUCUCGCUCCUCGCAGGACCUUCGCAAUUCUUGGACCCAGCAGCUGCAGCCGUGGGAGGAACUGAAGUUCCUCGAGCGUGUUGGGAGACACCUACCGUCUACUUGGGGGUAGAUGAAAAGAGAAGUGCUCCUCAUGAAUGUAUGCAGAUGUCCAUCCUGAAUCUGAAAGGAAUUGACUUCCCUGUGGGAAUGCAACUCUGAAGCCCACUGUUACAGUACCAGAUGGAGAAAUGUUAGCCCAGAAUAAGAUGACGUCCAUCCCCCUAGUUCCCCAUAUUCUGGAUGUAAAUGAACAAGACAGGUUACUAAAAGGUGCUCCCAAGGGACAGAUCACCAUUCUAAGAAGAGAGAAAUUCAAUCCUGAGGCUUCUCGCCAAAACUUCAGAUAUUUUCCAUACCCAGAGAAAGCUGGACCCCGUGAGGCUGUGAACCAGCUCUGGGAACUCUGCCUUCAGUGGCUGAGGCCAGAGAUUCACACAAAGGAGCAGAUCCUGGAGCUGCUGGUGCUGGAGCAAUUCCUGACCAUCUUGCCCAGUGAGAUCCGGAUUUGGGUGAAGUCACAGCAUCCGGAGAACAUUGAGGAGGUCGUCACGCUGGUGGAGGAUUUGACCCAAAUGCUUGAUGAGGAAGCUCUGAGUUCUCAAGAUCCUACUCUUCUCCAAGAGGGAAGCAUAGAGAAGGAAAAGUCUGCUGUGUUCCCAGUAGUGAGAUUUCAGGAAUCGGUGACAUUCAAAGAUGUGGAUCCAGACUUCACUUGGGAAGAGUGGGCUCAACUGGCUCCUGUUCAUCAAGACCUCUACAAGGAAGUGCUUCUGGAGAACUAUAGGAAUCUGGUUUUUCUUGGGCUUUCAAUUCCCAAACCAGAUGUCAUCUCCCAGUUGGAACGUGAGGAAAUGCCAUGGGUGCUGGAGAGUAAAGCCCCAAGAACCAUUUGUCCAUAUUUUGACACUGACCCUGAAGCAAAGGAGCCAUUUCCAAAGUUGGAAACUUCUGUAGAAAAACUGUCUCAGAGGACAAUAAUAGAAAGACCUUUCAGACAUAGUUUCUGGGACUCCAGAUUAGGAGAAGCCUUUAAAUUUCAAGGCCCAUUAGUGAGAGAGCAGAGCCAGCAAGACAAUCAUUUGAAGCAAGUAAUGAUCACACAUGAGGAAACACUAAGUAAGGAAAAAACCUCUGAAAGUAAUGAGUUUGGGAGACACUUCAGUUUGAGAUCAGUCCUCAUUACACAACAGAAAGUUCCUGUACUAAAUAGUGUCUAUAAAUAUAAUAUGCAUGGAAAGUGUUUCAGAGAUGAUUCACAACUAACUAAAUGCCCAGGAAUCUACACAGGACAGAAACAUUUUACAUAUAAUGAAUUUGAGAAACCCUUCAGACAUAUUUCAGAGUUGAAACUUCACUAUACCCGUCAUUCUGGAGAAAAAUCCUAUAAAUGUAAUGAAUGUGGGAAGGCCUUCACCAAGUGGGCAAACCUUACUCGACAUCAGAGAAUUCAUUCUGGAGAGAAGCCUUAUAAAUGUGAUGAAUGUGAGAAAGCUUUUACCCAAAGGACACACCUUACACAGCAUCAGCUUACUCAUAUUGGAGAGAAACCAUUUAAAUGUAAUCAGUGUGGAAAAGCCUUUUUCCAGAGGCCACACCUUAUUCAACAUCAGCAUACUCAUAUUAAAGAGAAACCAUUUAAGUGCAAUGAAUGUGGGAAAGCCUAUAGUUCCAUUUCACAACUUAAUCUUCAUCAAAGAAUUCAUUCUGGAGAGAAAUCCUAUAAAUGUAAUGAAUGUGGAAAAGCCUUUACCAAAUGGGCAAACCUUACUCGACAUCAGAGAAUUCAUUCUGGAGAAAAGCCCUAUAAAUGUAAUGAAUGUGAGAAAGCCUUCUCACAGAGAGCACACCUUACGCAGCAUCAACUUAUUCAUAUUGGAGAAAAACCAUUUAAGUGUAAUGAAUGUGAUAAAGCUUUCUUCCAGGUCUCACAGCUUAAUAUUCAUCAAAUAAUUCAUUCUGGAGAAAAACCUUACAAAUGCAAUGAAUGUGGGAAAGCCUUCACCCAACGGACAAUUCUCACUCAACAUCAGAAAAUUCAUUCUGGUGAGAAGCCCUUUAAAUGUAAUGAGUGUGAAAAAGCUUUUACCAAGCGGUCGAACCUUACUCAACAUCAGCAUACUCAUAUUGGAGAGAAACCAUUUAAGUGCAAUGAAUGUGAGAAGGCCUAUAGUUAUAUUUUACAGCUUAAUAUUCAUCAAAGAAUUCAUUCUGGAGAGAAACCCUAUAAAUGUAACGAAUGUGGGAAAGCCUUUACCAAGCGAGUGAUCCUUACUCAACAUCAGAAAAUUCAUUCUGGAGAGAAGCCCUUUAAGUGUAAUGAAUGUUGUAAAGCUUUUACCAAGCAAGCAAAUCUUACUCGACAUCAGAGAAUUCAUUCUGGAGAGAAACCUUAUAAGUGUAAUGACUGUGGCAAAAGCUUUACCCAGAAACCAAACCUUACUCAACAUCAAAGAAUUCAUACUGGAAAUAAGGGCCUUGUGCAUGGUAGAUGUGUAAUUAAUGUUUGUUGAAUUGAAGCAAAUUAAAAUAUUUUGCUGAAAUCUAA